CUCCGCUCGGCAAAAUGCAGCUUCCUGGAUGCGUCGUUGAAGUUGCAGGGCAAUCUGCAGAAGCGCCGAUCGCCCACCUGAAGAGACUCGAGGAGACCGUUCCUCGAUGGCGGAGCUGGUUUGACCAACGUUGCAAUGCAUUGUAGAAGCCGCGGCAAACAGGACAGAGCGAUCGAUCAGCUGCGGUGGGUCAAACCAGCGCGGAGUUGCUGAGCCGUUGUGACGCUUGCAUUGCCAGGCAAGACCGUUGAAUUUCUAUGCCUAACUUGCAGGAAUGGUUGGUGUGUGUGUCGAGUGUUGGAAACGGUAGCGGGUUGUGAGAGAAUAUGGUCAUCGCACUGGAUCGGGUUGUUAGCAUUUGGGUUAUUUAUUGAAGGAGGGCACUAAGCUGUGAGUGUCAUCUGCUGGAGUCUCUCUGGAUUGCUUCUUGAGCCCUGUCGCAGCUCGUAUUGUGGAGUUGGAAGAAGUGCAAUUUGUGGUGGGAUUCGGAGGGUGAGAAUUUGGGCUGAUUGUGGGCGUAGUCAAGAUGAGCGAUGAUGACGGCUGUGAUUGUCGACCACUUGGGUUCCUCAUUGGCCUUCCCUUCAUGUUGGUGGCCUUUCUUCUGUCUUUAAUCGGCAUGGUGCUCUGGAUAAUUGCGACCCUUUUAGCAUGUUGUUGCCCUUGUGGAAUCUGCUGCGCGGGCAUUUUGAAUCUUGCCUUAAGUCUGAUAAAAGCCCCCAUCAAGGUCAUCAGAUGGUUCACCAAGCAAAUACCUUGCUGACUUCAAUUGGCCCAUCGCCUGUUUUCAUACUGUUCUAGUGGUUUUAAGUUUCCCUUAAGGCUACACAUCUCAUCAAACCAAAGCCGUUGUCUGCCAUGACUGGUAACUUUGCUCUUUAGCCUUAUUCAGGUGGUCUACCUUGCCGACAGAUAUGGAGGAAUUAAAGACUUGAACAUGGAAAUAAACCUAGAAGUUUCAACGAAGACGCACAGCAGCCAGGGUGGCCUAGCAUUUUGUGGCUCCCUACUUUGAUGACGGUUCCAAAGUCUCUCAAAUUCUAAAGAUACCACCCUUGCAUAUUUACUCGAAAGUGUCACAGGUUCAGCGUCCAAGUUUCGACUUGUUAAGAGAGAUGCAUAUUACUCUAUUCUUAAAGAAAUUCCCAAUAUGGAAUCGCAGUACUUCAUUGCUGGUAACAUAUUACUGGAUAUUGUUUGUCCAUUGCUACCGAACUUAUCGUGCCUCCAGUUGCCUUCGGAGAUGUGUGAGAGUGGAAUCAUACGCUUGAAUAUCAUCAAAUUGAUGCAUCACACUGUGAGUGGCCAAGCUCUUCUACAGUGGGAGUUUUGUAGCAUGUAAGUGACUAGGAAGCCCUUUCACCUCACUCUUGUAUCAGUGCGUGCUUUGAGAAGCCUAGAACCUCUUAAUCGAUGUGCUCAGAGUUUGUUACUACAGUUUAUUGGGUCCAUUUGGGCUUGUUUUUUGUCUGACAUCCACCUAGUCCCUGAGUCUUAGUUCAUCUCUGCAUGCGGUCAUUUAGAGCUGUUGAUGAGAUGAAAUAUAAAGGAAAAGCCUAAGUUUCUA